CCUUCUUCCCGCCGGGAAAAAAACAAAACAGUAAAGUAAUUAAUUGAAAAAAAUCACAACUUUGCAACUAUAAAUUAGUUGGUGUUCUUAGUGAAUAUAUUUGCUCUGCAUCUAAUCUCUCACAGCCAUCGAACGAUCUCACAACUGGUUUUUAAGGAACGAUAAUGGCACGCAAGAAGAUCAGAGAGUAUGAUUCCAAAAGGCUGGUGAAGGAGCAUUUUAAGAGGAUUUCUGGUUCCGAAUUGGCUAUUAAAUCUGCACAGGUUACAGAAUCAACCGACUUGAAUGAGCUAAUCGAGAGGGAACCUUGGCUAUCCUCAUCCAAAUUGGUUGUGAAGCCCGAUAUGUUGUUUGGGAAACGUGGGAAAAGUGGACUCGUUGCUCUAAAUCUUGAUUUAGCCCAAGUUUCUGAAUUUGUAAAAGCACGACUUGGCAAAGAGGUUGAGAUGGGAGGAUGCAAAGGUCCCAUAACCACAUUCAUCGUUGAACCUUUUAUUCCACACAAUGAUGAGUUUUAUAUCAACAUUGUUUCUGAGCGAUUAGGGUGUAGCAUUAGUUUUUCAGAAUGUGGAGGAAUUGACAUUGAAGAGAAUUGGGACAAGGUCAAGACAAUCUUUUUACCAACUGGGAUAUCUUUGAAUCAAGAGAUAUGCGCUCCACUUGUUGCAACUCUUCCAUUGGAGAUCAAACCUGUAAUUGAGGACUUUAUCAAAUCCAUAUACACUCUAUUUAUAGAUCUUGACUUCACUUUCCUAGAAAUGAACCCUUUCACCUUGGUUGAUGGAAAACCUUAUCCUCUUGAUAUGAGAGGAGAGCUUGAUGACACUGCUGCUUUCAAGAACUUCAAAAAGUGGGGCAACAUUGAGUUCCCAUUGCCUUUUGGAAGAGUUAUGAGUGCCACAGAAAGCUUUAUUCAUGGACUAGAUGAAAAGACUAGUGCAUCUUUGAAGUUUACAGUUCUUAAUCCAAAGGGAAGAAUUUGGACCAUGGUUGCAGGUGGAGGGGCCAGUGUCAUAUAUGCCGAUACAGUUGGAGAUCUUGGUUAUGCUUCCGAGCUUGGAAAUUAUGCAGAAUACAGUGGUGCACCAAACGAAGAGGAGGUUUUGCAGUAUGCUAGAGUUGUCAUUGAUUGUGCAACUGCUGAUCCGGAUGGGCAAAAGAGAGCUCUUGUAGUAGGAGGUGGAAUUGCUAACUUCACAGAUGUUGCAGCCACAUUCAAUGGCAUCAUUCGUGCAAUGAAAGAAAAGGAGUCUAAGUUGAAAGCUGCAAACAUGCAUAUCUAUGUAAGGAGAGGAGGUCCAAAUUACCAAAGAGGACUUGCACGGAUGCGUGCACUCGGAGAAGAAAUUGGCAUCCCAAUUGAGGUGUAUGGUCCUGAGGCAACAAUGACCGGAAUAUGCAAACAAGCAAUUGACUGCAUUACUGCAGCUGCAUAAACUUUGUUGUGUUUUGUUGAAUUCAAAUGUAGCAUGUAACUCAAGUGUUUUGUUGUGUUAUGUUUUGUUUUUGUAUGGGUGUGUCUUUGUUUUUUUUUUUUAAACCACAUUGUAGAAAAUUGAAGAAAAAAGAAAUAAUCUUGCGGCUCGUUUGAUAUA